GUGCCUGUUCUGACCAUGACGAAGCCUGACAAAAGGAGGAGAGACAAGAAAAUGCAGGACAUGAAAAGCAGGAUAUGUCGUGUUUCCGCCAUACUUGUGGCUCUUUGCAGAAGGGCACGAAGAGGCCGAAACAAGGGUGCCUGGUGUAGCAAGAACUUGGCACUUCGUCCUACAAACAUGCUGUCCAGAAUCGUCAUUGUCUCAGCCAAUGCCCUGAAAGGCAGCGGCCCCCUUGGAGCUGGGCUGGUCCAGGCAUCUCGCUCCCUGCACACAACAUCCCAGAGUCUGGCCCCAGUGCCCCCUCUGCCAGAGAAGGGUGGAAAAGUCCGUCAUGGCAUCUUCCCAGAGGAGAUUUUCCAGCUCCUUUACCCCAAAACUGGAGUCACAGGACCCUACAUGCUGGGCACUGGCCUUAUCCUCUACAUGCUCUCCAAGGAAAUCUACAUCAUCAACCACGAGACCUUUGCUGCUCUCUCCAUGGGCGCCAUCAUCAUCUAUGGUACCAAGAAAUUUGGUCCAAGUGUUGCAGCUUUUGCUGACAAGCUGAACGAGGAUAAAGUUGCCAAGGCUCAGGAGGUGAAGGACGCCGCUAUGGCCAGCCUGGCUCAGGCUGUUGAGGAUGAAAAGAAGGAACAGUGGAGAGUAGAGGGACGAUCAAUGAUCUUUGAUGCUAAGAGGAACAAUGUGGCCAUGCUGCUGGAGACCAACUACAGAGAGAGACUACACAUGGUGACCAAUGAAGUGAAGAGGCGCUUGGACUACCAGAUCGCCCUGCAGGACCUCCACCGCAGGAUGGAGCAGGAGCACAUGAUCAAAUGGGUGGAGAAGAGCGUCGUCGGCAGCAUCACCCCUCAGCAGGAGAAAGAGAGCAUCGCCAAGUGCAUCACAGACCUGAAGGCUUUGGCCAAAACUGCUCAAGCUACAGCCUAAACUGUCAAGUCUUCAGAGAAGGCGGCUCUAACCCUCAACUCAUUGUCCCAAGACGAGACAUUCACUCUUUUCUUAACAGAAUAAACUAUUUCCUCUUUAUUGUCUCUGUCAAUAUGGUGGGUGUGUACAGUAUUUACACGUCAGCUCAUGGUUAAAUAAAUGAUUCUCUUAUUCAACUUAAA